AAAUGAAUGAUUGGGGUGCUCCACUCGUAGCAGCAGCGUUGUUUGCGUUUCUUUCACCGGGUUUACUGCUGCAAAUCCCAGGGAAGCAUCACCCCAUUGAUUUCAUGAACAUGAAGACAAGUGCCACCGCCAUUUUCGUGCACGCCGUACUCUAUGCUUUGUUCCUCAUCUUGUUUCUCUUUGUUCUUCAUGUCCGCCUCUCUGAAACAACCCAACAGGCUUUCUCGGGAUGUAAUUUUCAUGUUGUUUGUAAGUUGUAGUAUGAUGGCAUGAAAAAUCUUGAGAAUUUGUAACUUUCAAGAUUUUUCUUUAUUAGUUGGUUAUCUUUCCAGAUUUUCUGUUAAC